CUCAUUCUUCUCUACUGCCUCCUCUCGCAGCCUACGUCCCCAGGCAUCAGGCCUCAGUACUCAGUACUUAACGUCUGUAAGUCCCAUAUCUUAUAGCGAACGCCCUGGCAAGCCGCUGCACUACGCGCUCCUCAGCCCAAAACAGACAAGGUUCCAUCUAUCGUGGGCGCCUAGGGACAAUAACACGUUAGACCACUACUCUCAUCGUACUGCGCUACGAGACCGUCUCUAACCUAUCUUCUUCGUCUCCUGCUUCAACAUCCCUCGGGCCCUCCUGCGACUCUCAAUCCACCGCCUUCCAGGGUUCUCCUCUGCAAUAUCGCCACAAGCAUUCGCAAGCAAGUGCGCCACAAUCUGCCCCUUUACCCCGUGUAGUGUUCGUCGGCAGGCUACUGGCUUUCACUAUGCCUCAAGCCAUCUCUCCCCGCCACCCUUCAGGGUCGGUGUUUCCAUUCUCUAAUCCCGGGCGACAAGCCGAUCGCAAACCCAAGGCUCCCACUUCGAGAACGCAGACAAACCCACGCAAUUGGGAUCCCAAGCGAGUGGCCAAAUAUUAUGCCAAACACGGCCCUCCUGCAACGUCUCCGUUACUGGCGCAGAUUGUCCUGGAUAACAAGAUUGAUGGACAUACGCUGUGUGACAUACCAGAAGACCUCCUCUCAAGAGUGGUGGAAGAUGAACAGCUGGCGGAGGAUUUAAGAUCAACUGCACACGAUUUCCGUGAGAGAGCAGGUGUGCCAGUCUCGCCAACAUCUCGUCUACCUCGAGUGCAAGAUAUUGCGCAGUCACUAGCGCGCCUUACUGAACUUCCCGUGCCUUCGCUGACGAGAUCUCCGGAUCCCGUGGAGGAGCAUCCACCGUCUCCAGCUACACCGCCACCCUGGGACUGGUCUGAUGAAGAAGAAGACCCUGCACAACACUACAUCGGCUUCGAUGGCGUCCACAACUUCCUGCACUUCGGCUCCCCUUCGACCGCGCCCCAGCUGUUUCAGCCCCUCCUCACCGUAUCGCCAGAAGCCACGUACGAGCUCUCUGCUCUCGACGUGCCCGAUCUUCACAGAGCUGCAGAGUUUGCCUCGGCGGAAGUGGAGGAGGUUGCGGAGACUGACGUCGAUGCUGUCGGCGGAGGAGAUCACCCUGACCUAACCCCGACUCGGGGUGAUCUCCCCAGCCGCCAGGAUGCGCCGCCGAGCGCGACAGAAGAACGGCGGGACGUUGAGACCCCAGUAGAGGCGCCCGUGGUGCCCCAAGAGCGUCCGAAGCUUCGUCUCAACUCUCUUUCCAGCAUUCCUUCUCGCCCAGACAGCUGCCCUCCGGGCGUUCGCCUUUCCACGUAUCUCCCUCCUCGCGAGCCUCCCAUCGUCCGGAAGAUCUACAUGGAAGAGGCUGUGCAAGCGGCACCUGAGGAGGAAGUGCGAGUUGUGUAUACGUCAACUGCGAUUCAGACGAGGUCUUUUGCGGAAGCCUGUGUGCAGGCAGAACCCGAGGUCCAGUCCGACGGACCAGCUGAACUCACAUUGCUCGAAGGCGCCAUGACUGCGGUCACCGCUCACGAGACGAAUACGAGUGAGCCUGACGCUGAAAGUCCCGAGGAUAAACUCCAGGAGCAUGGUUCGAAAGGCUCUGAAGACCUAGUCGUUUCUCACCCACUGUCGUCAAGCGAGCCUACCUCCCAGUCUCAGGACGGGAGUAGUAAUGCAUCGAAGGACCAGACAUUCACUAAUGACACUGUUCAGAAGGUGUCGGAAGUGGAAAGUGGAAGAGCCGAACAAGCAGCCAAAGGCGCGGAGGGCAAGGGCCAGGACGUAGUCGGAACCCCAGAGCAGGGGUCAAGCAACGCGCGACAGGCUUCUGCUGAAGAGCCUGAAAACGCGGAGUUGUCGACCUCGGACGGUGUCCAGAACUCACUCAACGCACCGUCCCUACUCCGCGAAUCGUCCCUCCCCCUGGCUCAGCCGUCGCCUAUCACGCCUGGCAUGCAGUCUGAGCUGAGGGCGGGCGUGAUGGAGCCCGACACCCGGAAAUAUCGCCUCGCGGGAUUCGCGUCCGGCACUGUAGGCGGGAGACGCGACAGCAGCUGGGCGUCGGGCCAAUCGCCCUCGCCAUUGCCCGCCAUUUCCGAGGCCAAGCCUGCGGUGCAAGCUGCCUCUGGUGGCUCUACGCCCAAGCCCAACGCGUGGGGCAGGGGCCGACCCGCUGGAUUGCGUGCUCCGGCUCCUGUUCGAACGUUCUCAAGCCCUGCGGAUAUCGAGCUCCGUUCCGUGCCUAACGCACAGCCUCCCGCCCAGAAGGCCAAGCGUACACAGUCUCAGGAUUACACCAACAAGCCGUCGGUCAUACCUGAUGACAAGCGCGCUGCCGGCCUCAUGUCACAGAAAGAGAGCAAAGGGGGCUCGGUCUCGUCCGGCGGCGUGAAGGGAGCAAGUUCGGAAAACACUAAGGACAAGAAGAAGCUCACAAUCUCCGCUGCUACUGCUCACGAUCAGUCACUUGUUACUCCAGAUGUCGCGUCCGAACAGUCCGCCACGGCGUCGGACCCUUCCUUAACCCCAAAUGCCCACUCCGACGUUCGCACCGCAGCAGGGACACAGAAGCCCUUGCCUCCGCCACCAUCGCAGCAGGACAAGGCUCCCGAAUCCGCGGGAGCAACAAACGAACCGCCGGCAGAGUCUACCGAGGGCAAGACCGACACACCUCAGCCCGUCUCGGCGCCAGCCGAUGAAGGAGCAGGCGCUUUGUCUCAGGAAGACAAGACCGGUGAUCACGAGGAGGUGGACCAACCGUCAUUUGACGAACACGAAAAGCCUGAGGAGUCGAUCCCGCAGUCGACAGGCUCAGGGACCGACGGUCAUGAAGAGCCGACUCCACCAGUCGGCCAAGGUUCUGUGGACGCCAAGAACGCCUCUACCGCGUCUUCGGCGGAAGACGCGGGUGCACGCGGCGAGGAGGUGAAUGGCGCUUCCGGUGCGAACGAACACCAGGACGAGUCCUCCCAAUCUCACCAUGAGGAGAGCGAGGGCUCCCGCGAGCACCAGGGCCCGAAGGAGAACGCUGAGCAGAGCGUUGCGCGAGGGGAUUUCGACGUUGGGAGAGAUCUGCAUCCCACCGAGCCUGUAGUCUCGACUAAAGACUCGAUCGACGAGAAUGUCUUUGGUGAAAAUGCGUGGGUGCCAUUAUCAUCUGACGCGCCCGAGGACGAGGGGAAGGGACAGUCGUUAGAUGCCGAUGGCGACACCGGCGGCGCGACGGGCGACCAGGCUACGACGCAUGCACAGCCUGCGACGGACCUGCCAGUGGGCUCCGCGACUCCUGGGAAUCGCCCGCCUGAAGGCGAAGUGGAUGGGUUCUCGAUGGUCGAAAGACACGAGGUCAGCCCCCCUACCGCGCACCCCGGUGCCCCCACGCGUCCUAUGCGGGACACACAGCGCCACGGUUCGCCGCGCGGCUGGGAGGAUAUCAGUAUCGACGAGUUUGCCUCGGCGCGUAGCUCACUGGAUGUGGAUCUCGAGAAGGGAAUUAUCGCUCAGCCACAACCGACACAGGCGAUGCCGAGGCCGGACGUGGCAGACAGGCUGCGCAUCACGCUUUCUCCGCGCCGGCAAGACUCGCCCGCCACCUCGCGAACGCCGACCUUGCGCGAGCCACCCAAGGAAGAGACAAAGAGCUUCAGCUGGCUCGACAGAGGGAAGCAUUUCUUCUCCGAGCUCGUUGAGAACGUCGCUUCUCCCACCACUCCUAUGAGCGAACCAGAGACCCCAGGUGGUAGAGAAGACAUCGACCUCGAGGGUGUGUUUAUCGAACUGACCGACGCGGAGGUUGCCGCGUUGCCGAAACCCGAGAAAGAUAAAUACAAGAAAAAGCUGAGGAAACGCAAGAAGGCGCAGGAGAAGAAGGCUGAGAGUGAGAAAAUAGAUGCACUUCUUGCUACGAGUGCUCGGGGAAAGGCCUAAUGAGUACUACUCUGUGAGACAGUACAUCCCCCCUCCCGAACUUUGCGCGUAUGCGAUACCCCAUAUGCUUCGUUAUGCAGAUACCCUUGUAGCAUGCAUCUUCUACUUCUUCUAUGUCACACAGUAUCUCCCAGUUAUAUUAUUGUGUUGAAUGUUCUAUAUACGAUACUUGAAAUCCUAAAAUAUCGUGCGUAAGC